AAGUUGUCAGUGUCAGCUGUCCUUGCUCGCUCAGUCCCUGUGUAAUUUGUGAUUCUGUAAACUGACGAGUUUGUGAAUGUUCGAACGUAUUUUUUAUUGCUGAAAAAUUGAAAAAUAGGAACUCGAGAUUAACGUUCUUGUUCAUUUGGUACGGCCGCGAUCAAUAAGUUUGUUGUGGGCGUGAUGUAAAAACAGUCCGUCACCUGUUUUGAAACGUUUGUUCAUACAUAUUUAUUGCGUGUGUGCCGCUAAUUUAAUAUUCGUAAAUAGAUAGUUAACGUGUAAAAACUAACACUAUCGUGUUGUAAUCAUGAGUACUGCGGCUAACGGUUCAUAUAACUUCAAAGUAGUGCUAUUGGGCGAAGGAUGCGUUGGGAAGACUUCCAUACUAUUGCGCUACAUUGAGGACAAGUUCAAUGACAAACAUCUCACGACGCUCCAGGCAACAUUUUUAAACAAAAAAAUCAACAUUAAUGGCAAGCGCAUAAACUUGUCAAUCUGGGAUACAGCUGGCCAAGAGAAAUUCCAUGCUUUGGGUCCGAUUUACUAUCGAAACUCAAAUGGAGCUAUACUGGUCUAUGAUAUUACAGAUGAAGACUCGUUUGGGAAGGUCAAAAAUUGGGUGAAAGAACUGAAAAAAAUGCUGGGAUCUGACAUAGUUCUUGUGAUUGCUGGUAAUAAAAUUGACUUGGAACAUGAUAGAACUGUACCACUUGAAGAAGCAGAAAGUUAUGCAACCAUGGUAGGUGCGAAGCAUUUCUACACAUCUGCAAAAUUAAAUCAAGGUGUAGAAGAUCUAUUCCUUGAACUAACACGCGAGAUGUCAGAAAGGCUUGAACGCAACUCCCAGGCUGAUGUGUCCAGGACGUCCAGGGUUCUAGUGGUUGAAGAUGAAGCUCCAGCUCAGACGUCGUGCUGUGGUGGUGCUAAACAUAACUAAUCUCAAUUAAUAUUGAUAAAAAGUUAUAAAAUGGGUAUUGUGUUGUAUGGAAAUUUUAAGCAGGUAUAUUUUAUUAAACUCUUAAAUAUUAAUAACUAGCUGACCCAGCGAACUUUGUUCCGCCUUAAUGGCAAUAAAUGAGCAGACUUUUUUUUUAAUUUCGUACGGGAUAAAAAGUAUCCUAUGUCCUUCUCCUGGCUCUGAGCUACCUCCCUGACAAUUUUCAGCUAAAUCGGUUCAGCCGUUCUUGAGUUAUAAGCGGAGUAACUAACACGACUUUCUUUUAUACACCGUGUUACUUUGCAUUCUUGCCAUAUUCACAGAGAUAAAAGUAGGGACCAAUACCUAUUAUUUAAGAUAAACAAGAGACUCCCAUAAAGAAAAUACACUGAGUUUUUAGUAAAUUUAGUUUUGCAGUACAAAUUGGAAUAAACCAAUUUUGUCUCGCACUUUCUACAGGUGCAAGUGGAAUAAACCUAGUGGGCGUGGCCUA